GUGAUCUAAAAACAAUUUAUCAUCAUUACACUAAUUCAACUUCUAUUCAUUUUCUUUUAUUCCCAUUCUUACCUAGCAAUAAGAAAGUUUGAUGUCAAUGCUCCUACUUAGAGAUUAAGGUUAUUCACUUAUCAAACAUGUUAAUAAUAACAAUUUCUUGAUGUUUUCACAUAACCCCUGGUAAUGAGCGAUUUCAGACGGUCAUUUAGUUUAACUUGUGUAUUACAAACUGAUACGUAACUGUACCGAGCCCUGCUGAAUGGGGUGCUGCCUGGCGCCCUCUCUGCAAUCUACUCUGUUCCACGUGUACAUUUCCUUGUCGCAUGCCCUUAAGUUGUGCACAACUUCCGUAAUCUGCAUGUUACCCGGGACUGCCAUGUUACAUAAGGCGUGGUAUAUAAAUAUCAAAAGAAGUCAAACUACCCAGUUACUUUGAGAACUCACAAGCAAAAUGAUCCGGAUUGUAAUUGUUGGACUGUUGGCAACAGUUGCCAUGGGUCAAAUGUUUGGAGGGAUGGAUCUCUCCAGCAUGAUGUCAAACAUCAACCCCGAAAUGUUGAAAGAUUUGACACCCGAGAAAAUCCAGGACGCCCUUAAAAAUCUCCCCCCAAACAUGAAGGAGAUGAUGGGCAAUAUGGGAGUUGACGAAAGCCAGCUUGAGGAUAUGGUGAAGAACUUGCCAAAGGACAUGGAUCUGAGCGCUCUCGCUGACCAGGUCAAAGGUCAAGUUGGAUUUGACAUGGACCAGAUUAAAAAUGCCAUGAAAGGAAUGGGGAUUGAAGGUGACCUCAGCGAAGUCGUUGGCAAGAUGAAGAAAGAUCUCUUGGAACAGGUUCAGAAGGAUUUAGAUAUCGAGAUGGAAAAUGUUGACACCAGCGACAUCGUUGACAAGCUGAAGGAGAAGAUCAUGGGUGACCUUGAGAAGCAGGGACUGGACCUCAGUCACCCCGAGGAGCUGAAGAGACAGAUCCUAGAGGAGAUGAAGGUGUCCUACGGAGUGGAACCCGACAUGGACAACGAGGAAUUCAAGCAGAUGAUCGUCAAGAACAUCAUUAGUGACCUGAAAGAAGAAGGUUUCGAUGUCGACCCGGAAAAUCCAGAGGAGUCCCUAAUGAAACUGAGAGAAAUCGCCAACGAAAAAGCCAGAGAGUUCGGAUUUGACUUCUCCAACGGAUUCGACCUCACUUCCAUGGGAAACAACAUCAUGGAGAAAUUGAGGGCUUUUGGAGUUCCAGUUGAUGAGCCAAGCAAACUCCUCCCCUACAUCAUGGAGAAGGCCCAGGAAUACAUGCCAAUGAUCCAGGAGAUGAUGGUGGCCCAGUCCAUGCCCCCAGUUCAGCCCGUCCCCGUCCCCAUGGGACCCGCUCCCCAAUACGGAGCUCCCCUGACCUUGAACCUUGAGAUCAAUGUUGAUGGUGGAGACAGACCCACCAAUGUCGGCAUGCCCGUCAGCCAUUUCUCUGAGGAGGAAGUUAGUGAGCUGCUCCAAGAUCUCCUCCACUAUCGCACUCUGGCCAAGAGUCUGAUCGCCAAGAACGAGAUGCUUCACCACCGCAUCGAGGCGCUAGAGACCAGACGACCCGUGAUGUCAAGGUCACCCAUGCUCGGAGCUCUUAUGCACAAAUACCACGAGGAAAACUAAUAAUCUUUUCCUGAUUAUCCAGAAGUCAGUAGGCGUUUUUUUUCUUCGGUGCCACGAGCAGACACAAAGAAACGCCUGAAGCCACACUAAAACGCUUGUAGAAAUUGACUGAAAGUGUUGACUGAAAAUUGCUGUUGAGAAUAAAUAUUUAUGAAAGUUGAUUUAUU